GACAUGAGUGUCGCACCCCAAUUGUCAUAAAUUUUAUUUUAUUUUGCCUAGAAUUAUUAUUUGCUUUUGAUUCUUGAAACCUCAUUUUCCUCAACCACCACGCAAGAAUCGGCAUUAGCUCCCCACACUACACUGAUAUCUCAACCUCCACUACUAAUUGAGUUGGAAUGUCACUAUGGGUUUUCCUUGUAACAAACAACUUUGCCUCUAAUCUCUCCUGCUAGCAGGUAUAUCGUGAACUCUUCAAAAAUUUCCUUAAAUUAUCUCCUUCAUUAUUGAACGGAGCGUUUGCAACAUUUAUCUGUGUCAUCUAUAAGACUAUCUAAUCACAAAAACCUCAUAUAUUUCCACCACUUCCUUUCCAUCACUUUCUCGCAAAAACCCUUUAUGCCCCAUGGCUUCUUUAUCUUUAUUCAUAUUUGUUACACUAGCAAUACUUGUCAUCUUAUUCGUUAACCCUACGUUUUCCACCUCAAGGAGAGCUCUUAAGCACAAAAAAGUGCAAACCGGUUUCCGGGUCACACUCAAACAUGUUGAUUCAGGUAAAAACCUCACUAAAUUCGAGCGAAUCCAGCGAGGAAUGAAGCGAGGGCAACUCAGGUUGCAGAGGCUUAGUGCAGCCACCACAGCCUCAUCAGAUGCUGCACAAGUUGAAGCACCAAUACAUGCAGGCACAGGUGAGUUUCUGAUGAACUUAGCUAUUGGUACACCACCAGAGAGCUUCUCAGCAAUCCUAGACACCGGCAGUGAUUUGAUAUGGACUCAAUGCAAGCCUUGUAGACAGUGUUAUGACCAGCCCACACCAAUUUUCGAUCCCAAAAAAUCAUCUUCUUUCUCUAAGUUAUCAUGUAACAGCCAGUUAUGUUCAGCACUACCCGCCUCAACGUGUGCUAGUGAUGGUUGUGAGUAUAUCUAUCAAUAUGGUGAUUAUUCUGUGACACAAGGCAUUUUGGCUAGCGAGACCUUCACGUUUGGUGACAAGGUUUCAAUUCCCAACGUUGGCUUCGGUUGUGGGAGUGACAAUGAGGGAGAUGGGUUCAGCCAAGGUUCAGGCUUGGUGGGUCUUGGACGUGGACCCUUGUCGUUGGUUUCACAGCUUGAGGAACCCAAAUUUUCUUAUUGUUUAACUUCCCUUGAUGAUUCAAAAACUAGUUCACUUUUUUUGGGGUCUCUAUCAAGUGUGAAUAGCACGCAAAAAAAAUCAAUCACCACAACCACUUUAACCAAAAAUCCAUCUCAGCCAUCUUUUUAUUAUCUUUCUCUUAAAGGGAUCUCUGUUGGUGGCACUCGCUUGGACAUUGAUAAAUCCACUUUUGAGGUACAAGAUGAUGGUAGUGGUGGCCUAAUCAUAGACUCUGGCACAACCCUUACUUACAUUGAUGGUCAUGCUUUUAAUGCACUCAAAAAAGAAUUCAUUGCUCAAACUAAACUUCCUGUGGAUUCUUCGGGUGUCUCUGGCCUUGAUCUUUGCUUUACAUCGCCUUCUGACACAAGUGAUGUAGAGGUUCCAAAAUUGAUUUUCCAUUUCAAUGGUGGUGAUUUGGAUUUGCCUGCAGAAAACUAUGUGGUUACGGAUUCAAGUUCGGGAUUGCUUUGCUUGGCCUUAGGGAGCUCAGGAAACUCAGGCAUGUCAAUCUUUGGGAAUAUUCAGCAACAGAACUAUUUGGUAAUCCAUGAUCUUGCCAAGGAGACCUUGUCGUUCAUUCCUAAGCAAUGUGAUGGGUUGUGAAUCACUUGUUUAAUCCCAUUGUAUUACCUGUGUUUCUUUGUGUGGUUUCAAUGAGAUUGUUAUGAUAUAUCUUCUUAGUAUA